CGACGAGGGGCACCCGCCGCCGGGAUGGCGGGGCCGGUGAAGGACCGCGAGGCCUUCCAGAGACUCAGUUUCCUGUACCAGGCCGCCCACUGCGUGCCCGCGCAGGACCCGGAGAACCAGCCGCUGGCGCGCUUCUACUGCCACACGGAGCGGACCAUCGCCAAGCGGCUGGUCCUGCGGCGGGACCCCGCGGUGAAAAGGAGCCUGUGCCGCGGCUGCUCGUCGCUCCUGGUCCCGGGCCUGACCUGCACCCAGCGCCAGCGGCGCCGCAAGGGAUUGCGCUGGACAGUACAGACCUGCCUAACGUGCCAGCGCAGCCAGAGAUUUCUCAAUGAUCCCAGGCAUCUGCUCUGGGGAGACCGGCCUGAAGCCCAGCUGGGGAGCCUGACAGAUCUCAAAGCAACACAAGCCCCGCCAAGCACAGCGCUCCCCGUUCCAGUCGACCUUCCUGAAGAGAAAGUACAGCCUCUGAGCCCAUUAGAAGUGAUGGAUGCACCCAGUCUGCCCAGGAAAUAAAGUUCAAUUUGGUUCCA